CGCUCGCCCGGCAACACUCCCGGGGCUCGGCUCAGCGCUGUCAUGGCGGCAGAGAGUAGCAGCAGCAGCAGCCGCCGCCGUAGCAACUGCUAAGGCAGGCAGGAAGCGAUGGAGGAGCUCAUCGCGGCGUCGGCGGAGUGAAGGAGCUGCACAGGAAACUUCAAGCUGCUUGCCUGAGGUCGAAGUUCUUUCCCCUGCCCUCUUCCCUACCCCGGGCAGGUAGAAGCCAGGCUGUUGGUGGGGAAGCACCGGAGACACCUCCCGCCCCUGGCUGGAGCUGCCUGGUGUCGGGAGAGCCUCGUCCCUCCCUGCCGGCCCCGUCCGCGGCAGAGGCGAGGAGCUGCAGGGCUGGUUUUCAGAUUAAAGAGGCUGCUGUCCUUGUGCCGAGGAAAGGAAAACAAGAUUAUCUUAGCGCUCAGAAACUGGACCUGAGGCUACGGAUUGAACUCUUUUAUUUCUGGGUUGCUGGCUUGCUAUGGCGAGUGAAGACAAACGGGUUUCUUCUCCUCAGCCAACAGGUGAUGAUGGAGGAGGGGGAGGUGGUGGUACCGGAGGAGGAAAAGAAGGAAAUGCGGCCGAAAUGGAGAGCAAGCUGCAGCCUUUGAAUCCAGGAAUCCCUAUUCGUGGUAUCAGGAUGAAAUUUGCUGUUCUGGCAGGACUGGUAGAAGUCGGAGAAGUAUCCAACAGGGAUAUUGUGGAAACUGUGUUUAAUCUGCUUGUAGGAGGUCCCUUUGAUCUGGAAAUGAACUUUAUUAUACAAGAUGGAGAGAGUAUUACUUGCAUGGUGGACUUGUUGGAUAAAUGUGAAGUCACUUGCCAGGCUGAGGUAUGGAGCAUGUUUACAGCCAUCUUGAAGAAAAGUAUACGAAAUCUCCAAAUUUGCACAGAAGUGGGUCUUGUUGAGCAUGUGCUCCAGAGGAUUGAUAAAGCUGACAAUAUGAUUGCAGAUCUCCUAGUUGAUAUGCUGGGAGUAUUAGCAAGCUACAGUGUGACAGUUCGGGAGUUAAAGCUGUACUUCAGCAAACUUCAGGGAGACAAAGGAAAAUGGCCACCACAUGCUGGAAAGCUGUUGUCUGUGUUAAAGCACAUGCCUCAGAAGUAUGGUCCUGAUGCCUUCUUCAACUUUCCAGGAAAAAGUGCUGCAGCUAUUGCCUUACCUCCUAUAGCCAAAUGGCCCUACCAGAAUGGAUUUACUUUUCAUACUUGGUUAAGAAUGGAUCCUGUAAAUAAUAUCAAUGUAGACAAGGAUAAGCCUUACUUAUAUUGUUUUCGAACAAGCAAAGGACUCGGGUAUUCUGCUCAUUUCGUUGGAGGCUGUUUGGUUGUGACCUCAAUUAAAUCAAAAGGAAAAGGCUUCCAGCACUGUGUGAAAUUUGAUUUCAAGCCGCAAAAGUGGUACAUGGUUACUAUAGUGCAUAUCUAUAACCGUUGGAAGAACAGUGAACUCAGAUGUUAUGUGAAUGGGGAACUUGCAUCUUAUGGAGAGAUAACAUGGUUUGUCAAUACCAGUGACACAUUUGAUAAAUGUUUCCUGGGUUCUUCAGAAACAGCAGAUGCCAAUCGAGUGUUUUGUGGCCAGAUGACAGCUGUCUAUCUUUUCAGUGAGGCUCUCAAUGCUGCUCAGAUUUUUGCUAUUUAUCAGCUUGGUCUUGGAUACAAGGGAACUUUUAAAUUCAAGGGAGAAAGUGAUCUUUUCCUUGCUGACCAUCACAAACUGUUACUGUAUGACGGGAAGCUUUCUAAUUGUAUUGCCUUUACGUACAAUCCAAGGGCUACAGAUGCACAGCUCUGCCUAGAAUCAUCACCCAAGGAUAACCCUUCCAUCUUUGUACAUUCACCACAUGCCCUCAUGCUUCAGGAUGUAAAAGCAGUCAUAACCCAUUCAAUCCAAAGUGCAAUGCAUUCAAUUGGAGGAGUGCAGGUGCUUUUUCCUCUGUUUGCACAGCUGGACUAUAGGCAAUAUUCACUGGAUCAACCUGACACAACUGUUUGUUCCAUUCUGUUGGCUUUCAUCAUGGAGUUGCUGAAGAACUCAAUUGCUAUGCAAGAACAAAUGCUUUCUUGUAAGGGCUUCCUUGUAAUAGGAUACAGUCUUGAAAAGUCUUCCAAAGCACACAUUAGCAGAGCUGUUCUUGAACUUUGUCUUGCCUUUGCUAAGUAUCUGAGCAAUUUGCACAAUGGUGUGCCCUUGCUGAAGCAGCUGUGUGAUCAUAUUCUCCUUAACCCUGCAAUAUGGAUUCAUACUCCAGCCAAGGUUCAGUUGAUCCUGUACACUUACUUAUCUACCGAAUUCAUUGGCACAGCCAAUAUAUACAAUGCAAUUCGACGAGUAGGAACAGUUCUACUGGCUAUGCACACAUUGAAGUACUACUACUGGGUGGUGAAUCCUCAAGAUCGCAGUGGAAUUAUUCCAAAAGGUUUAGAUGGACCACGACCUAAUCAGAAAGAAAUUUUUUCCUUGAGAGCCUUUUUGCUGAUGUUCGUUAAGCAGUUAGUAAUGAAGGAUCAUGGCGUGAAAGAAGAUGAACUACAGGGCAUCCUCAACUAUCUCCUCACCAUGCAUGAGGAUGACAAUUUAAUGGAUGUCCUACAGCUGCUUGUUGCCCUUAUGUCAGAGCACCCCAGCUCUAUGAUCCCGGCCUUUGAUCAGAGGAAUGGAUUACGCGUUGUCUAUAAACUUCUUGCUUCGAAAAGUGAAGGGAUCCGGGUACAAGCUCUGAAAGUCUUGGGAUACUUCUUAAAGCAUCUGGCACCCAAGAGAAAAGCUGAAAUCAUGCUUGGACAUGGGCUCUUCUCUCUACUGGCUGAGAGGCUCACCCUUCAAACAAGCUUAAUAACCAUGACCACAUAUAAUGUGCUAUUUGAGAUACUUAUUGAGCAGAUUUGUACUCAAGUGAUACGUAAGCAGCAUCCUGACCCAGAUUCAACAGUGAAAAUACAAAAUCCUCAGGUCCUCAAGGUUAUUGCAACCUUACUGCGUAACUCUCCGCAGAGUCCAGAAACUCUGGAAGUCCAUAGAGUCUUCCUCUCAGAUAUGAUAAAGCUUUUUAAUAGCAGCAGAGAUAAUAGGAGGAGUUUACUACAGUGCUCUGUGUGGCAGGAAUGGAUGCUUUCACUUUGCUAUUUCAAUCCCAAAAACGCUGAUGAGCAGAAGAUAACUGAAAUGGUGUAUGCCAUUUUUCGAAUUUUACUUUACCAUGCAGUCAAAUAUGAAUGGGGUGGCUGGCGUGUUUGGGUAGAUACGCUAGCAAUCACACACUCAAAGGUAACUUUUGAAAUACACAAGGAGAGCCUUUCUCAAAUGUUCAGGGAAUAUCAAGAAAAAGGAGAUGAAGACUCUGGUGCUGGUCCAUCAACUCUAAUUAGAAGUAUCUCGGGGACCAGCAGGGAGGCUGAAGUUACAGGAAAGCAGCAGCAUCUGGAAAUAAAAGAAGCUGGUACUUCUGCAAAUGAUGUUGGGAAUGGUAAUGCAGAAAACACUACUCUGAACGCUGAAGGUAGACCACCUGAUUUUGAAUUUAAAGCUAACUCAGAAAUGAACAAAAAAAAGCAAACAGAAGGAGAAAAUGGUUGGAGAACCCCUGAUCUAAGUAAAGCACCUUGCUUAGAACUUCCCCUAAAGGCUGAAGCAAUAAAGCAAGAUUCAGAAGCUGCUUCUGAAACCAUUGAAGCAAAUCAUGAGGAAGAUACAGUAGCUGCCAUUGCACAAACCCCUUCACAAAAUGUUGAAGGAGACACACUUGAAAGCCCAGAAAUAUUAGAAAAACUAACACCAGAAGUGGAGGAGGAAGAGGAAGAAGAUUUUGUUGAUUUAAAAGAGGAAAGCAGCCUACCUUUUACCUCAGAGGAAUGUGCUCCUAAACUCAGUGAAGAUCCUACCUUGUCUGAAAGCCAGGUAACACCAGCAAUACAGCAGAAUAAUGCUACACGGGAAGAACCAGUUUCAGUUGCUUUAGAACCCAAAGUUGCUGAUGCAUCUGUGGAAACGGGACAAGAGUCAGAUGCUUUGCCAGAAACCAGUGCUUCUGAAAUUAGUGAUACGAGAGCUCAACCAAAUGCAGAUAUUACAGAGAAGACAGAUGAAGACAAUACUGAUAACCUUCAAACCAAAACAACGGUAGAUGAUAUGCAGCCACAUAUUUCAGAAACGGUGGUGGUUUCAGACAAGAAAAUAGCAAAGCUUGACGUUUCCAGCGUGGCCUCAGAUACUGAAAGAUUAGAGUUAAAGUCCAGUGUCAGCCUGGAAGUAAAUCAACCUCUUCAUUCCCUCCCUGAGACAUCGAGACAGCAAGAUGCAUCAGUCCAAGGCACAGGAGCUGUCUCUGAUGGACAGAGAAGGGAUUCUAGGUCUACCAUGUUUCGUAUUCCUGAGUUCCGAUGGUCACAAAUGCAUCAACGCUUACUCACAGACCUACUGUUUUCAAUAGAAACAGAUGUACAGAUGUGGAGAAGCCACUCUGCCAAGACUGUGAUGGACUUCGUCAAUAGCAGUGAUAAUGUCAUCUUUGUACAUAACACAAUUCAUCUCAUCUCUCAAGUGAUGGAUAAUAUGAUUAUGGCUUGUGGUGGCAUAUUACCUUUGCUUUCUGCUGCUACAUCGGCUACCCAUGAAUUGGAAAACAUUGAGCCAACUCAAGGACUAUCCAUAGAAGCUUCUGUAGCAUUCCUCCAAAGAUUAAUUAGCCUUGUGGAUGUGUUAAUAUUCGCAAGCUCCCUUGGAUUUACGGAAAUUGAGUCAGAGAAAAAUAUGUCAUCGGGUGGAAUUUUACGACAGUGUCUUCGGCUUGUGUGUGCUGUGGCAGUCAGAAAUUGCUUGGAAUGUCAGCAGCAACAGGCACUAAUGAAGCCUAGUGGAGAAAAUGUUAAGUGUCAGAAAACAGUACAAAGCCUGAUAGCAGCAGGAAGGUCUGGAGCAAAGAGCCCAGUUGAUAUUGUGACUGGAGGAAUUUCUCCAAUAAGGGAUAUUGACAGACUCCUACAGGAUAUGGAUAUUAACCGACUGCGAGCAGUGGUAUUCAGAGAUAUAGAGGACAGCAAACAGGCACAAUUCUUGGCUUUGGCAGUAGUAUAUUUCAUCUCUGUCCUCAUGGUAUCGAAAUAUAGAGACAUAUUGGAACCUCAGGAUGAACGUAGGAGGCCUCAGUCUGUUCAGUCGCUCAAGCCUGCAACAACAGAUGCAGAAAACCCAUCUGCAGCUACUACCGCUGUGGCUCCCCUACCUGCCGAGGAGUUGGAAAGAGUUGCGUCUGUGCAAAGAAGAGAUUCAGGUAUUGAGGAGGAAGCACAUUCCGGAUUAGACCGCAGUUCUGAAGCUGCUACAGAAGCAGAAAUACAAAGUGUCAUUGCAGGCCCAGAUGCAAUCAGUGAAGUACUGUGUACGCUUUCUUCAGAAGUCAAUAAAUCUCAAGAAAGCAGAAGCGAAGUGCAGACUGAGAUGGACACUAAAACUGCAUCCUCUGUGCAAACGGCAAAAAAUGUCAAUGUGAAAGAUAUCCUAAGAAGUUUGGUCAGUGCUCCUGCAGAUGGGGCCACACUUGACCCGGCAGUUCUUCCACCGGCUUUUCUUGGAGUCCUUGGGGAUGGUGCUGCCGAACAGCCUGUACAGUUUCGAUCCUUUGACAGGAGUGUUGUCGUGGCACCAAAGAAGUCACUGGCUGCCUCUACAUCCACUAUAAAUUUGCCCACAAAUGCUGUCAGUGUGGUUUCUUCUUUGGAUUCUGCCCAAGCUCCAGAUGCAAUGGGAGGUUCUCCUGGCAGCGGAUCAUCAAAUUCAAGAUUACCAUCUGUUCCUACAGUUUCUUCUGUGCCUGAGGAUUCUGCUUCAAACAUGAGCAUUACAGAAAGGCUUGAGCAUGCUUUGGAAAAGGCUGCCCCUCUUCUGAGAGAGAUAUUUGUGGAUUUUGCUCCUUUCCUGUCACGUACUCUUUUGGGUAGCCAUGGGCAAGAGCUACUGAUAGAAGGUACAAGUUUGGUGUGCAUGAAAUCUAGUAGUUCUGUUGUGGAGCUGGUCAUGCUACUUUGUUCUCAGGAGUGGCAGAACUCAAUACAGAAGAAUGCUGGGCUAGCUUUCAUUGAGCUUGUCAACGAAGGAAGAUUGCUGAGCCAAACCAUGAAGGAUCAUCUGGUGAGAGUUGCAAAUGAAGCAGAAUUUAUCUUGAGCAGACAAAGAGCUGAAGAUAUUCACAGGCAUGCUGAAUUUGAGUCAUUGUCGGCCCAGUAUUCUGCAGAUAAGCGAGAGGAUGAGAAGAUGUGUGAUCAUUUGAUAAGGGCGGCCAAGUAUCGAGAUCAUGUGACAGCAACUCAGCUAAUACAGAAAAUCAUCAACAUUCUGAUGGAUAAGCAUGGAGCCUGGGGCAAUUCUGCACCAAGUCGUCCUCGUGAGUUCUGGCGCCUUGACUACUGGGAAGAUGACUUGCGGCGCCGGCGACGAUUUGUGCGUAACCCCCUUGGAUCGACACAUCCUGAAGCGACGUUAAAAACAGCCAAAGACCAUGCUCCAGAUGAAGAUGUACUUGUUAAAGGAAAGCAGUCCAUCAAGAGUCAGGCUUUAGGAAAUCAGAACUCUGAGAGCGAAAUUCUCCUGGAAGGCGACGAUGAUACCUUGUCAUCCAUCGAAGAGAAGGAACUGGAGAACUUAACUGGUCCUGUUAGUCUCUCUACACCAGCUCAGCUUGUGGCCCCUUGUGCAGUAGUGAAGGGCACACUUUCCAUCACCGCCUCUGAACUGUAUUUUGAGGUAGAUGAAGAAGAGCCGAGUUUUAAGAAAAUUGACCCCAAGAUACUUGCUUAUACAGAAGGCCUCCAUGGGAAAUGGCUGUUCUCAGAGAUUCGAUCAGUCUUUUCUCGGCGGUAUCUCUUGCAAAGCACAGCACUGGAAAUCUUUAUGGCAAACAGAGUUGCUGUCAUGUUCAACUUUCCAGAUCCUGCUACAGUAAAGAAAGUGGUUAAUUGUCUACCUCGUGUUGGGAUUGGUACUAGUUUUGGAUUGCCCCAAACUAGGCGCAUUUCUAUGGCCAGUCCGCGUCAGAUUUUUAAAGCAUCAAAUAUGACCCAGCGAUGGCAGCACAGAGAAAUUUCAAAUUUUGAAUAUCUCAUGUUUCUAAACACUAUAGCAGGGCGUACUUACAAUGAUUUAAACCAGUACCCGGUAUUUCCUUGGGUUAUCACUAACUAUGAAUCAGAAGAACUGGACCUUACGCUUCCAAGCAACUUCAGAGAUUUGUCAAAGCCUAUUGGGGCUCUGAAUCCCAAAAGAGCUGCAUUCUUUGCAGACCGCCAUGAAACAUGGGAAGACGAUCAAGUUCCAAAGUUUCAUUAUGGCACUCACUAUUCAACAGCAAGUUUUACACUCACCUGGUUGUUAAGAAUGGAGCCUUUUACAACAUUUUUCCUAAACUUGCAAGGGGGCAAAUUUGAUCAUGCAGAUAGAACUUUUUCAUCAAUUUCAAGGGCAUGGCGCAAUAGUCAACGGGACACCUCUGAUAUCAAGGAGCUGGUUCCUGAAUUUUAUUAUCUCCCUGAGAUGUUUGUCAACUACAAUAAUUACAAUCUUGGAGUGAUGGAUGAUGGAACAGUAGUGUCUGAUGUUGAACUUCCACCAUGGGCCAAAACCCCAGAAGAAUUUGUUCGCAUAAAUAGAUUGGCCUUGGAGAGCGAAUUUGUUUCCUGCCAGCUCCACCAGUGGAUUGAUCUGAUUUUUGGCUACAAACAGCAAGGGCCUGAGGCUGUCAGAUCUCUAAAUGUGUUCUACUAUUUGACCUAUGAAGGAGCUGUCAAUCUCAAUUCAAUAACUGACCCAGUAUUGAGAGAGGCUGUUGAAGCUCAAAUCCGAAGUUUUGGACAGACUCCUUCCCAACUGCUCAUAGAGCCACAUCCUCCAAGAAGCUCUGCCAUGCAGGUGUAUCUCCUCCUGCAGAGUCCAUUGAUGUUCACAGACCAAGCCCAGCAAGAUGUCAUCAUGGUCCUGAAAUUUCCAUCAAACUCCCCUGUAACGCAUGUAGCAGCCAACACCCAGCCUGGUUUGGCAAAUCCUGCUGUGAUUACCGUCACUGCUAAUCGACUGUUUGCUGUGAAUAAGUGGCACAACCUUCCUGCUCAUCAAGGUGCCGUACAGGACCAGCCAUACCAGCUGCCAGUGGAAAUCGAUCCUCUCAUAGCCAGCAAUACGGGUAUGCACAAGAGACAAAUUACGGAUCUCCUAGAUCAAAGUAUUCAAGUCCAUUCCCAGUGUUUUGUCAUCACUUCUGAUAAUCGCUACAUCCUGGUCUGUGGUUUUUGGGACAAAAGUUUCAGGGUGUACUCUACAGAUACAGGGAAACUGAUGCAAGUAGUGUUUGGACACUGGGAUGUUGUCACCUGUCUUUCUCGCUCCGAAUCCUACAUUGGAGGAAACUGUUACAUUCUCUCAGGGUCUCGUGAUGCAACGUUGCUACUGUGGUACUGGAAUGGCAAAACCAAUUGCAUUGGUGAUAGCCCAAGUGGUGAAUUUUCCACUCCUCGAGCAAUCUUGACAGGACACGACUAUGAGAUUACCUGCGCUUCAAUUUGUGCUGAACUCGGCCUGGUAAUAAGUGGUUCUAAAGAAGGACCAUGUCUCAUACAUUCUAUGAAUGGAGAUCUACUGAGGGCGUUAGAAGCACCUGAAAACUGUGUGAAAGCAAAGCUUAUCCAGGCAUCAAGAGAGGGUCACUGUGUCAUAUACUAUGACAAUGGUCACUUCUGCGUAUUCAGUGUGAAUGGGAAACUGCAAGCGACGAUGGAAACUGAUGAUAAUAUAAGGGCAAUUCAACUGAGCCGGGAUGGACAGUACCUCCUUACGGGAGGCGACAAUGGGGUGGUUAUGGUGUGGCAAGUGUGUGACCUCAAGCAACUUUUUGCCUAUCCUGGUUGUGAUGCUGGAAUCCGAUCCAUGGCUCUUUCCUAUGACCAAAGGUGUAUAAUGACAGGCAUGGCUUCUGGCAGCAUAGUACUUUUCUACAAUGAUUUCAACAGGUGGCAUCAUGAAUAUCAAACUAGGUACUGAUGUUGAAACUUGCUGGAUGGCAUAGGUAGGACUACUGCUAAAAGCAUAGGAGUCUUGCUUGGGUAGCCUCCGUUCUUAUAAAUAAUUAAUAUAACAUCUGAAUGUAACUUAAAAUUUGCUGGGAGACGCUAUUUUUUAAAGCUAAUUGCUAUUUUUGUAGACUUUGCUUGACUUUUUUGUGGGGGAAGGGAAAAGAAGCAGAAAAUGGCUGCUGGGGUUCUGUAGCUUAAAAAGAAAAUCUAUAUUUUUAGUCAUAGUAAGUCUAUUUUGAUCCAUGUAUGGGGGGGGGGAGAGACCUAAUUAAGAUGGCUUAAAUUCUUGUACUAGCUAUAUUAUGAAACAUGUUUCUCAUGUAAAUCUUUAUAAUAUUGAGGAAUAUUUGAUUAACAAUGGAAGCUGGUUAUAGGUUAUAAUACUGGUGUUUUAAACUGGGCUAACCCACACCACAUUUUGUCUCUUGUACCUUUCCAAUGAAUUAUACUAUUUCAAGCACUGAAUUUCUGGGAAUCGAGAAUAUUUAAAUUAUGAUAAAUGUAAUUUUGUUUCCAUCAAUGAUCAAGCAUGCUUCUAAGUUUGGAGAAUUAGUUUUUUGAAUUUUUUUUAAAGUUUGCUGUUUUUUGUUGUGCAGUUGAAAAAGAAAUCAGCAAUAGAGUUGUUAUAUGAAAAUGCAAGUCUAUACGUUUUCCUCCUCCCCUUCCUUUUAAUGCAUAUCCAAAAUGUGGAUUGUUCCUCAAAACUGAGGUAUCCUCUAUUAGCAAACUGCAUAACUUUUAAAAUCAUGUGGAGAUCUAAAGUACACCUGCUAGCUGCCUAUAAGCAUUACUAGGCUGCAAGUAGAAGAUAAUUAAUUUCAGCUCUGCCUACAGAAUCUCUAGUGGCAAGAGCUUUAAUUUCCAUUUUAACAUGGCUUGUGAGAGCAGUGUAGCACAAGCUAUACCCAACACCAUUUAUGAAAAUGAGGCAUGUUUUAAUCAUGUUGAAAACCACAGAAUAGCCCCCGCCUCUUAGGUAAUGAAUUUCAAAUUUAUACUAAGGAACAAUGUUAUUUUGGUGUUGCAUAAAUUCUACUUUUUCUACAAGAUUGCUGUGCAGAAUUCUGUGAAAAUAUUUGUGAAAGGAUUGUAUUGUUUUGUAGGUCUGUAUUGCAUAAAUUACUUUGUACAUUGUGCUUUAUUAAGAUUUGAAACUUACAUUCCAUAUCUAUAUUGGUAUAUAAUUUUCUUCAGCUGCUAACUUGAAGCAGUUCACAUUGUUUUCCCCUCUAGCAUUCAACUACUCUCCCUUUAAGGUAAAAGAUCUGAAAGGGGAAACUCAGUUUAGAAAAUAAUAAUAAAAAAAGGCAUUUGUAAUUUAUGUGUAAUGAAUCCUUUUCUUGCUAAGAAAAAAACUCAGAUAAGUGUUUUCAGUUCUAUGAAGAAAGUCUUUAUAUAUAUAUAUAUAUAUAUAUAAUUUGCUACGGUAGUACUCACAUAAAAUUUCGUAAAGCUCCUGGAUGGCUGUAGCAGUGACUUGGAAGUGAUUCACACUGGAUUGGGGCUUUCUCCCAGGUAAGGAUGCAUAUGAUCGCAACCUCAAUCUGAGUGUACAGAAGAAGGCCUAAUUUCAAAGCCUCUAUUCCGAUAAUGUAAAUGGCAUGCAAGACAAAAGGAAAUCAAGUUUAACACACACACAAUCGGCGAGACUUUCUACAUUCUAAAAGAAAAAUUACCAGUGUUCUUUUCAAGAAUGUUUAUUGCAGAUCUUACAGUUCUAAGGUAAAGGCUAAUGGAAAAUAAUUCAGAAUUGUUAAAAAGGAGCAAAUAAGCGUACAUACCAUAUUGAAACAAGCAUGAAGAUAAAAGAUCAUUAAGAUAAAAGAUCCAUCUACCUUGACUGCACAUUUAGCACAACUGCUCCCAAAUAGUUCCAGUUUUCCUGAAGUUAAACAGAGUGGGCUAAUGAAAAAAACAAAAUGGCCAAACUAUUCAGCAUCAUUGGCCAAGUAGAUCAUUGUUUUAGUUGGCUUGCUUUGAAUAUAUGGCUCCAUUUAGGUUAUGCGACAUGCAGCAGUGUUCUAUUCCAGACAAUUUGUGGUAGUGUUAAACAAUGCCAGGAGGGAAUUGGUGCAGAACCAACAACAACGGCUUAAAAAUGCUUUUGUUGACUGCAGUCUUCAUACCAAAAAAUAAUGGGAGAAAAAUGAUUUUGUCCCAUGAUUGAGUUACUUUUGUAUUCAAUGCCACACAGUUUAAGUUCAUGUUUUCUAAACUUUAGUUUCAAUAUUUUGAAAACAAGUCCCCUUACCCUGCACACAUUCACUCAGGUUGUUUUUCAAUAUUGUACAGAUUGCCCACUAGGACCAGUCUUGCCUUUCCAGAAUAACUCUGGAACUGAACUUCAUAAAGUCAUACAAAUGAAUUACAGCUUCUCAAUUGUUGACCCCUGGCAUUUUUAUUUUUAAUAAAGACCAGAGUUUGGUGGGCAAGGCCUUUUAGUGGUUCUUCCUAUAUAGAAGUUUGUAUAUCAAUAUUUGAUUACCACAAGAGUAGAUCAAUUCAUUCACAUCCCAAAAUGUUUGAAAUUAUAUUUAACACUAUUAUUAUUAUUUUGGAAGGAAAAAAAAGUCCAAAUAUAAUGGUCAAAGUACUAAAAGCUAACGUACAUACUACCUACCUCUCUUUCAGACAGAUGUGAACAAACUACAGUAGUGAGGGCAUGUGAAUAGUAGUUGAUUCCUGACCUAGCAAUGGACUUCAGUAGAAUUUGUCUCAAAAUCCUGCAGUAUCAUCAUGACAUGAUGAGACAGAGUGCGUAGAGAGUUUGAGUGGCUCAGAAGCAGCAGGAAAUAAAGUUUUGAGCCCGACCACAGGAAGAUCACGAGCUGCAGCAUUUAUCAUAGUGGUUUGAUCCACAGCAGCUUGGCCAGAGUCCUGACAGCGCUUGUUGCAGAAAAUCUGUCUUUCUUUAUCUAGAGCUGUGUUCUACAAUACAAGUAAAUGAAGAAAUAAAAUAAAAAA